GACGUCACGUCCCCGUUACGAGCUGAGCUCCAUCUCCUCCGCGCUGCAUUCAGAGCAGCCCGUGCAAUCAAGAGCUUUAAAACGCAUCGAAACCACGAGACCCGACAUCAGUAUCAUCAUUCAUCACCAUUGAGUUUAACGGGAAAGCUGAAGAUGCUUCAGUCCCUCGCCGGUAAUUCGUGCGUGCGCUUGAUACAGAGCAACAAAUCGGCAUGGUAUUUUCUGUUUCUCGUGCUCGGCUAUGUUCUGUAUCUCAUAUUCGGAGCGGUGGUUUUCUCCUCGGUGGAGCUGCCGUAUGAAGACCUCUUGCGCCAGCAGCUCAGGGGGAUCAAACGACAGUUCCUCCAGGAGCACGAAUGUCUGUCCGAGGAAAGGCUGGAGAGGUUUCUGUCCAAAGCGCUGGAGGCCAGCAACUAUGGGGUGUCUAUUCUCAACAACGCGUCGGCCAGCUGGAACUGGGACUUCACCUCGUCUUUGUUUUUUGCUAGCACGGUCUUAUCAACCACAGGAUAUGGUCACACCGCCCCUCUCUCUGAUGGUGGGAAGGCAUUCUGUAUCAUUUACUCCGUGAUUGGCAUCCCCUUCACCCUCCUCUUCCUCACAGCUGUGGUGCAAAGGAUCAUGGUCUAUAGCACAUGGCGACCCAUUAUGUACGUUCAUACACGCUGGGGUCUGUCUAAACCCCUGGUGGCCCUUGUUCACGCAACUCUUCUGGCAGUCAUAGCCGUGUCCUGUUUCUUCCUCAUCCCUGCCGCCAUCUUCUCUGCCCUAGAAGAGAACUGGAACUUUCUGGAGUCCUUCUACUUCUGCUUUAUCUCACUCUCCACUAUCGGUCUGGGUGACUAUGUGCCUGGUGAGGCCUUUAACCAGAGGUUUCGUGAGCUCUACAAACUGGGCAUCACUGUGUAUCUCCUCCUCGGCCUGAUUGCCAUGCUGGUGGUGUUGGAGACUUUCUGUGAGCUGCAGCAGUUGAAGCAGCUGAGGAAGAUGUUUUAUCUGAAGAAGGAGAAGCCCCAGGACCGUCUGGCCAUCAUGGAACAUGACCAUCUGACCUUUAGCUCCAUGCCAGACGGUACCGUCAACUCGCCCCAGGAGGACAAAACUGAACCCUUUGUUGACUUCCCCGUUCUAACCUCUCCAGGAGGUGAUGACCCCAUGAUCAAAUAGAUGUUUUAGCUUCCAUCAACAUAACUCUCAAUCGAGGGAGACAUCUUUAGCCGAGGGGUCUUUCAAGUAACUGGUAGGAUACAGAAUUGUGAAAAUUACUUGAAUGUGUCGCUCAAGAUUCUGCCUAUUUAACAGCCCUCUACAAAACCAUGAUACGUGAUCAAAUCGUUCACUGGCUGAAUAUCUGUAAAUGAUCAUUCGCACACUUAGGCUGCUACCCCAUCAAAUCGGCAAACUACAUUAAAAAGCAUAAUUGCACAUUAAACUCUAGCAUGUACUUGCCAAUUGAGACAGCAGAAAUGGUAAAAGUAAUGUUGACAGCAUUUGUGGCAUAAUGUUGAUUACCACCUAAAUUUAUUUCACUUCUUUAAAAACAAUCUGUGUUUCAGUAAGGCAUUUACAGUUGACAUGAAGGCGGCCAAUCUGUAAACACUAAAAUACUACAAAAACUAAAUAGUAUAUGUGUUAAAAUGAUUUUAGCAUAAAAUAAAUGGUUUCAACUUUUCUAUAUAAAUUUAUAGCCAAUUUACAACAUUUUUACCAUCACAAUGGACUUAUAAAUUCUAAUAAGACAAUAAAACUUAUAAUUUUACAGAAUUAACAUACAGUAAGUGAUUUUAUCAAAUUAGCAGCUUCACAUUUCUGCUUUUAAAGGUACAGUUCACCCAAAAAUGAAAAUUCUGUGAUCAUUUACUCAACCUGUAUGACUUUCUUUAUUCUGUGGAAUUCAAAAGAAGACAUUGUAAAGAAUGUUGGUAAUUUCAGUUCCCUUUAAGUUGCAUUGUAAGGACAAAAUUUUUAAUAAUGAGGAACUGUUUUUUGUGAUAAUCAACUUUUGCCAUAAUUGCUGCCAGCAAAGCUUUACUUUUCCAGGUAUUAAACCUAGAAUAUUCUUUUGCAGUCCAAAUUUUCAAAAAUAGACUCUAAAUCAAAAAGCACUUCUGCUCUGAUCUAAGCUUCGAAUAAAGACCACCAUCUUCUCACAUCUUCAUGAACAUUGUGAGAGCUCACUUACAUAUAGUGGAGACCUGUCAUCAAACAUAGUAGUUGCACAUCAUCUGUUAAGUUUUAUUUCCAACUCGUGUGAUCUACCUUGUGAGCUUGCAACUAGAGUAAUACUUAAGGAUAUCUGCUAGUGGUGAAAGAAAUUACUCUAGAAGUCUCUCAUGAAGCUGUAUCGCUCUAAUGCAUUGAAAUGUUAAGACUAUAAUGCACUAUAAUGCAGCAUAUACUGUAGCAAAAGUCAGUGUAGAAGCACAAAAAAGCUAGCCUGCUCAAAAGGGAGUCAUUACACCUUUUAGAUGACAUGUAGUUAAAAUAGUGUGAUAUUUUAAAUGUGUUUUAAAGGGAAAAACAUGUUAUACUGUAUCAUUUUCUCAUUUUAGAAAGUUAUAUUUUACCGUGGUCUAAAUACUAAAAUGCUUGACAGAGUAAAUCAAUCUGAGUUUACAUGGAUUUUUGAAUCCAAGGUCGAAUAAUGGCUGGCUCCAUGUGUCCUUGUCCUAAGCUACUGAGAUCCAGCGUAAUGCCGUUACAUACCAAAAAAGUUUUGGAGAAAAUCUUGGAUUACUGAAUUGUGGUUCAGUAUUAUCGACUAAUUGACUGUAUAAAACUUAGAUCAUCCAGAUCUUUGAUUGUUGCAUUCAGAGCAUUUUUGUGGCUAUUUAAUAAAAAGAAAAGAAUGAAUUAUAUUUUUGAAACAUGCUUGAAGUGUUGUUUACAAUAGAAUGCUUGUGUUUGUAUUAUGAGAAUGACUGUUGUAGGCACAGACUGAUGACUACUGUUUAAGGUCCGGUUGGAAGAUCACACUGUACUGCAGAUCGUGCUGUAUCACUGUCACCGCAGUAGAAUGUCAUGACAUUUUUAAUCACAAUAGAAUAAAAGCUGAACGUUUUUAGGCCUCAUUUUAACUUCUGAUGUGUCUGACUGUAGGGAUUAUUUACAGAUAGUGUUGUUUUUACAUUAAAGAAACAUGCUGAAUCUGAGCUCAGGCCAUGGGAACUCGAAUGUGCUGAUGUGACAUUUUUAUUGUGUGAAUAAUGAAAUGCUCUGUGAUGUCGCUGCUGGAUUCUUUGUGCUUAUUUGCCCUUGAUGUUUUGCUGCAUGAGUCUCUAUGAUCAGCUACAGUGUCUUAACAUUGUAUCAGUGCAGCACAGAAUAAUGUAUUUGUUAUUGAAUAUUUCAGUUUGAUCAGUAGUACGUUUAGAAAUACACAAGGGCAUACUGUCAUGAUCUCUGUUUAAGUUGUGUGUGAGAGACUGUUGAAUAAAUGUUGUCAUUUCCAUAAAUAAAAAUCCUGAACUGGC